GUUGGGCACCUCGAUGGCCGCAUUCCCUUACUGUCUCUCUCAUCGAAUUCCAGCUCUGCCUUUCCCCAUCUUGGUCUCGCAAGCUAUGGCGCUGAAUUCCACUUUCAAUUUACAAACAAGACCCUCCGACUCACCUUAGCACUCAUAACGUCGUGGAUUCCCCGCGACUUCAACGUGCAAAAGGAUCUGUUCCCCCAUACUUGUCACCAUUCAACAUUCUGAACCCGUCCUUUGCCUUGCUCCUUAUACCGUCGUACGAGUGAGACGCCCCACAGACGGCUUUUCCUGUCCAGUCAUCUGCCACCAUGUUGCCAUUUGCGAUCGUGGCAUUUUGGCCCACCUCGAUCUCCAUUCUCUUAUAAUGGUGCCCAGAAGCCCUUGAUAUUUCCGGGUGUAGUACAUUAUCCAGUCCUUCACAAGUACUUGCGAGGAGCAUGGCUUCCUGAGGUCCUUUCACGACCGCAGCUUCUUCAUUUGCAAGUGCCCUCCGUGCCUGGGUGCAGGGAACAGGGUCUCGAGGUGGUCGAGAAAUUCCGAGACAUCAUCGAUGAGCUUCUUCAAUACGGCCAUUUUCCACGUGCUUGCGUGUAUUGGCACCGAGACAGUUGUGCCGCUGCUGCUUCAAUACAGACCCGAUGCAAGGACAAAAGCUUGUGGAGACAUGAACUUGCUGCCAUGGGCAAAGAUCCAAGGACAUGGAUAUGGUGAUGGAUUUACUGAGCCUGGAACGCGCAUGUUUCGAUAUCAAGGGCAGAGAUGGGCGGGAUCUCCUGAGUUGGGCGACGGCGAGGCAACAUGGAGAUAUCAUCAGGCGGUUAUUGGAGAUGGGCGCUCAGAAGGACGUUCAAGUGAGCGAGAUCCUGUAGACCAAUGUGUAUUUCUAGGCUUAUGACUCGCCUUGUACGGCGUUGGCGAACGUAACAAUACGUCGCAGCGGUUGUUUGUGGUUGGCAGGAGCAGUCAGCUCGUGACGUCUCUGGAUCAAUCCGCUCAAGGAAUCACAAGAUACAU